AUGGCCACCCCUGAAGAUACCCUCUCCAUCGCCAUCAUCGGCAGCGGCAUAAUCGGCACCGUGCUCGCCCUCGGCCUCCUCAACCACCCCUCCGCCAGCAGCGACACCAGUCCCAAGCCCAAGCUCAAAGUAAAAGUCUACGAGCAAGCAUCCUCCAUCCGCGAAAUCGGCGCCGGAAUCGCCUUCACGGCCAACGCGCGAAAAUGCAUGUCGAUGAUCGACGCGCGGCUGCCCGAGUGCGUGCGCUCCGUGGCGACGGCGAACGGGGACCCGGCCAACCCGACGAACUACAUGCAGUUUGUGGAUGGGUAUACGCAUGCGGCUGGGGACGGGGUGGGCGAGGAGAUGGAGGGGAGGACGGUGCAUCGACUGCAUGCGGGCGAGAGGGGGUUCGAGGGGUGUCAUCGGGCGCAGUUUUUGGAGAAGGUGAUGGAGUUGAUGCCGGGGGGUGUGGUGGAGCUGAGGAAGAGGUUGGUUAGUCUGGAUCAGGAGGAUGGAGACAAGGUGAAGAUGAGGUUCGAGGAUGGAAGUCAGGAGGUUGCAGAUGCUGUAAUCGGCUGCGACGGCAUCAAAUCCCUCGUCCGCCAACACCUCCUGGGCCCUUCCUCCCCCUCCUCCUAUCCCCACUACACGCACAAAAUCGCCUACCGCGGGCUCGUCCCGAUGCCUCUCGCCAUGCAGACCCUGGGCCCCUACCGCGCCACCAACCAACACAUGUACGGCGGGCCAUCCGCGCACCUGCUCCAUUUCCCCGUGAUGCAGCAAAAGCUGAUGAACGUGGUGGCGUUCGUCUCGGACGCGUCCGACUGGCCAUUGGACAAGGCGAUGUCGCAGCCAGCGACGCGAGAGGAAGCGGCGGUAGCGUUUAAGGACUGGGGACCGACGGUGAAGGCGAUUAUUAACCUGCUGCCGGAUGAGAUGGAUAAGUGGGCGGUGUUCGAUCAUCUCGAGUUUCCGACAGAGAAGUAUUCUGAAGGGAGGGUUUGUUUGGCGGGCGACGCGGCGCAUGCAUCCUCACCACAUCAUGGGGCUGGAGCGGGCAUUGGGAUUGAGGAUGCGUUGGCGUUGAGGACGUUGGUGGGGUUUGUUUUAGAUGAUCUCAAAGAGGGGGGUGGGGGUGAGGGAAAGAAGAAAGAUCUGUUGACGAAAGCCUUCCAGACGUUUAGCAAAGUGCGCCAUGAACGCUCGAUGUGGCUGGUGCAGAGCAGUCGCGAGGCGUGCGAGAUCUACGAGUGGAAUCAUCCGGAGUUUGGGAGUGACAUGGGGGCGGCGCAUGAGGAUAUUCGACGCAGGACGCAUAAGAUCUGGUAUUUUGAUAUCGAGGGGAUGAUGGGGGAGUUGGAGGGGGGAUAUAGAUCAUAG